AUGUCAACUCUAGAUCUCUAUAUCGGCUUCGGAUACCGUCGAGGCAACGAACCAUUGAAUUGGAUGCUCAUCCUCGCAUCUCCCCACUCAGAGAGAUGUACGUGGUAUUAUAUCAGCGGUCCAAUCCAACAACGCCAAUACACCCUUCAGGUUCAAAAUAACAGAAAACUCAGCAGUUUGGCUAUUUCCGACAAGGAGAAAGUCGGUUGUAUCACUGCCGGUGAUGCUGGAAAGGUCAUGGCUGCCGCUCGAGAUGUGCCGGUGCAAAUGUCCCAAGUGUGGGUGACGGAGGUUUUGGGUAAGUUGGAGAAUAAGGGUCUUGUGUCACCGGGGACUUGGGCUUAUGCUGAAGGGCAGAUCGAGUAUUCCUGUUGUGGGAAUGGGUUUCCUUGA